AUGCUCAUCGACGGAGAGAAAUGGGCUUGCGAGGCCUGUGUGAGGGGCCAUCGGGUCAGCAAUUGCCAGCACCAUGAUCGACCCCUCCAACACAUCAACAAGAAAGGGCGGCCGGUAUCGCAAUGUCAGCAUUGUCGUGCAAUGCGCAAGUCCCGCGCUUCGCACAUCAAGUGCGAUUGCGGCGAGAAGACGCACAAGUGCGUGCACUUGAAAACGACCGUCGAGGGUCACAAGGAUAGCUGCUGCUGUAACCACGGCGGUCGGUGCACGUGUUCGCACAAGAAGGAGCAACCACAGCUCGACACGGUGCCAGAAUCGGACUCGGACGGGGAAGCCGCCCCGCAGCCUAAGAGCCCCAAGGCCAGCUCCCGUACCCGGCGCCGCGCCAACACGACCAGCUCCGACGGCGUAUUAUCCUUCAAUGCGAACGGCCACCCCAAGCCAACGUACAAGCACCCAAAGGUCUCGCAGAAAUGCGGACCCUACCAGAUCAGCCGGGUUAACUCUCUACACAGCACGAGCAGCCUGGGGAACCGCUCCAUGGAUAAUCUCCUGCAAGGCAGCGACUCGCGGAGCAGCAAUUCGCCGGCUGGCAGCAGCACUGACGAUGGAAUGACGCAGACACAGCGCAGGGUCAAGUCGGAAGCUACCUCGCCGCUCUUGACGGGUGCCUCCUCGUCCUUUGCCCAGCUCAAUGGGCAGCUGCCGCCCCUCGACCUUUCGGGCAUCAAAUACCCGCCGUAUGUACCGAACAGCGCCGACUUUUUCGGAAACAUUUCGGAUCACGACCAGCCCAUGUUUAGCGCCGGCCUGAGUGCUGCCUCGGUCGACUGGAGCCAUUAUGAUGGCCUCGAGUUUGCCCGUAAGGCGACGGAUUUUGCUCCGUCGAAUUACAGUCAGCCACAGAGCUACGGCGCCUAUGACUUUACUGGAUCGGAGCAGGUUCCAACCUUGACAACUAACACCUCAACUUCGGGCGAGGUUUCAGAGGUCGAGGACUUCCUGCCGAAUUCGUUGGAUGAGUAUGACACCAACCCUUACCGCAAUAGCACUGCGAGCAGUGGAUUCAACCUGGGUAACUCCCAGGCCAGCCUGCUUGGGGGGACCGACAUCUCCAGCCUCGAUUUCGACGACUACAGGUUCAUAAAGGGCGGCAACAAGUACUUGCCUACGCCUGCCUCUCUUCCCGGCGAGGACUCGACCCUGAUCACCACUAGCGCUGCGUUCAGUGGGUUUACCUCUCUUGAGGAUGACCCGGCUUACUGGAUGAACGAUUAUAGUGGCUUGCCAAACCUUACCGACUCUCCCACGGAGAGCAACAUACCGUCAUUCUGGGAUGGCCAAUAA